CGCGCUCCGGGCGCCGCCGCGGGCGGGCAGGCGGGCGUAGAUUGGGCUCACGCCCACUAGGUGAAGCGGGUCACGUGACCCGAGAGGCGGGAGUCCGUGAACGGACCCAGUGGCUGGGUGCUUUCCCGACCGCGAGACGGGCGGGGCCGAGAACCAAAGACACGCAACGUCUCGGCUCCCGAGCGGCCGGGGGCGGGGCCGCCGAGUGGAGUCGAGUGGAGUCGAGCCGAGUCGGCGUCCGGCGCGCAGGCCUUCCGCCGAGUUGAUCUUUCGGUUGCCGGUGUCCGUGGGCCGCGCGGUCUCCGGUCGGGCUGAGACGCGCGCUGCAAUGGCGACCUUUGUGAGCGAGCUGGAGGCAGCCAAGAAGAACUUAAGCGAGGCGCUGGGGGACAACGUGAAACAAUACUGGGCCAACUUGAAGUUGUGGUUCAAGCAGAAGAUCAGCAAAGAGGAGUUCGACCUUGAAGCUCACAGGCUCCUCACACAGGACAACGGUACAUCUUCUCCAAGUCCCCCAGCUUUGCAAUUAGUCCUUUUGGUUUUGAUGUUGUUCCAUUCUCACAAUGACUUCCUCCUGGCCAUCCUCACACGUUGUCAGAUUUUGGUGUCUACACCAGAGGGUGCUGGAUCUCUGCCCUGGACAGGGGGCUCUGCAGCCAAGCCCGGGAAACCCAAGGGCAAGAAAAAGCUUUCUUCCGUUCGUCAGAAGUUUGAUCAUAGAUUUCAGCCUCAGAACCCGCUCUCUGGAGCUCAGCAGUUUGUGGCAAAGGAUCCCCAGGACGAUGAUGAUUUGAAACUUUGUUCACACACCAUGAUGCUUCCUACACGAGGUCAACUUGAAGGGAGGAUGAUCGUGACUGCCUAUGAGCACGGGCUGGACAACGUCACCGAGGAGGCUGUGUCUGCUGUUGUCUAUGCAGUGGAGAAUCACCUCAAAGAUAUUCUGACUUCAGUUGUGUCGAGAAGGAAAGCUUACCGAGUACGAGAUGGUCAUUUUAAAUACGCCUUUGGGAGUAAUGUGACGCCACAGCCAUACUUGAAGAACAGCGUGGUAGCUUACAACAACUUGGUUGAAGGCCCUCCAGCCUUUUCUGCUCCAUGUGCCAGUCAGAACCCAGCUUCUCACCCACACCCCGAUGAUGCUGAGCAGCAGGCUGCGUUCCUAUUGGCGUGCUCUGGGGACACUCUACCUGCAUCUUUGCCUCCAGUGAACAUGUAUGACCUGUUUGAAGCUUUGCAGGUACACAGGGAAGUCAUUCCUACACAUACUGUGUAUGCCCUUAACAUUGAAAGGAUCAUCAUGAAACUCUGGCACCCCAAUCACGAAGAGCUACAACAAGACAAAGUCCACCGCCAACGCUUGGCAGCGAAAGAAGGGCUUUUGCUCUGCUAAAUUAGAAUUGGAAGAUUUGGGACCAUCACUAAAUUAAUUGGUUGCUGAAAACUGAAUGCUUUUGAGUCCACAUUUCAAAACUGAAGUGUAUAGUGUAUGUAUGUAUAACCUUUCCUAUGGAAAUGUGACAUUUGAGUGCAUUUUGUGUUGCUACUGUGAAGCCAUUAAUAUGUCUGACUGUUGACCUGUGUGUCUCUGUCCCCAAGUAUAGGAGCAGUCAUUGUUCUGAGUCUGAAUAGGGAUAGUAAGACACCUGAGGUGUAUCUGGUCUGUCAGUAAGAUAGGGGACAUUGUAGAAUAAAGAUGCUGUUGUAGUUCAGUCCCAUGACUAGCAGGACUACAGUGUGUUCAGUGAUGUAUGCUCUGUAUCUGGCAGUGUAAAAUCUGCUUUUCCUCGAGAACUGUACUCUGCCUAUUGGUGGGACAGCCUAGUGUUCAUCAGAAUCUUUGCCUAGUUAGCAGCUGAAGUUCCCAAGCAACCCAUUUUCGCUCCAGAGAGCAGGACUUAGGUAUGUGGUUCUUGCUUUGCAUUUAAUCUCGAGUCCAAUUCUUAGAUGUAGUUAGCCUUACAGUUUUCUGUUAUUCCGUUGUUUUAGCUGACUGACAAGCUUGUUAAUCCUAUAGGAUGUUUUCAUGAAAUCUUACAAACUAAUUUUCCUAUUUCUAAAAUGUCUGUUUCAUCCUUUCAAGUGGUACUAUGAACUUGUAUCUGACAGUGUUACUGGUAACCAACUUGGUUUAAAGCUACGUUGCUUUUCACUCAUGUAGUAUUGAUGGGUGAGUUAGAUGUAUAGAUGGGUUUUCAUAGGCCUAUAAGCAGUGGAUACAUGUGAAUGUUUUUGUGUGUUCCUAUAUCUGGAUCUGUGGAUUUGGUUUUGUAUUUUAAACGUGACAAAUAAACAUUUUGGGAGAAA